ACUGCAACCUUCUUUAUGAUGGUCCUCAUCUACACAUUGAGAGUAUUGGUUGUCAGUUCUAAGCACAUGCUUUAUGCCAUUGAAGACAUAUCUACCUUCGCUGUGCGUACCAGACACUUUGCAUUUGGAACAGGGCCGGCUGGAUGUAUGGCCACGGUGGUUGAGGAUAAAAGCUCUUGCUGGUGCAUCAGCAAUAAAGCAUCUUAAUUUUAUUGGUACCUUAGUACCAUCAAGAUCUACACCACCGUUGGAAAGCAUAUGGGUUAUGUUCAUGAUGAACAUAUUGAAAAGCCUAUUAGGAUCACUAGGCUUUUGCAUUCCUCUAUAAAUGCCGACAACUAUUGGCCUUGCAUCAGCUUCGACAUCAAAAUGAAUAUACCCCCCGGUUCUACAACAUAUGUAGGAACACGAGUCCGUGGAGUACCCAGGACAGUCCUAAUAUCCUUCGGGAGGUUGGUAAAGCAGGUAUGGGUCCGAAGAAGGUUUCAGGAACCGCUUCAGAACUACAGAAUACUGAAGAAGACAAAGAAGAAGAAGAAGAAGAAGAAGAAGAAGAAGAAGAAGAGGAAUAAGAACUGUCAUCCAUAUCUACACCAUGGGCGGCAUCAAUACCAUUUGCGUAAUCUGUGGAGAAUGAAGGAACAUCCGCCAGAUUAACAGGGGCAUUGAUCUCUUGAAUACAAGAAGAAGAAGGAGAAGCCAACGAAGGGACAACACUAUUGGACCCUACCUCAUUCCUUAUGUUGCGUCUCUGUCUGGUCGAUGAUAUUUUAAAUAUCGGUUUCCUCGAUACUGAUAACUUAAAAUUAAAGGAACUCAUAAUUAAAAUUACUAAUGAAAUGAAAUGUAUGUUA